AUGAGUGCCAAGCAAGAAAUUGCUGCGCCUUCUUCGGCGGCGGCAGAAGUUAGAAUCGGUACCCAGAAGCCAACAGGCACUUUCACUGGUGACAACACAGACAGUGGAGCCACCGACACCAGAUGUAGAAGUCACGCUGGAAACGACGAGGAUGAAAAGCUUACGGAUCCAGAGGAGAAGAUCUUCGACUCUCGACAAUCAUCGAAAACACCGUCCCGCCGCCCGAGCGAGCAGCAUGAUGGCAAUGAGGAAAGGACAAUCGUCUCCUUCACACGCGGUGACCCCGAGAACCCAUACAACUGGAGUCUGGCGAAGAAGCUGUAUGUCACCUGGACAUGUGUGGCUCUGGUGAUGAACUCGACCAUAGGAAGCUCGCUACCAUCUGGAGCGACGCAGGAACUCGCAGCAUAUUUCAACAUCACGAAUCAAUCACUGCUGGUACUGCCAGUGUCAAUAUACCUCAUCGGAUACGUCUUGGGACCUUUGGUGUUUGCUCCCAUGAGUGAAAGUUUCGGGCGCAAAUGGGUAGUCAUUGGCACGUUUGUUAUCUUUACAGCCUUUCAAAUUGGCUGUGCUCUGGCGCCGACGUUCUCGGGAUUCAUUGUCAUGAGACUGUUGGUUGGGAUCGGGAGCAGCACGCCCAUCUCUGUGAUCGGUGGGGUCUACGCAGACAUCUACGAUUCCCCCAAGUCACGGGGCAGGGCAGUUACGCUGUUCAUGGCAGCGACAACUUGGGGACCUUUGGCAGGACCCAUAAUAUCUGGAUUCGUUUCCACUGUAUCCUGGCGAUGGACGUUCUGGAUUGGUGCCAUUAUUGCUGGCGUCACAUGGCCUUUCGUCAUCUUCAUGCCUGAAACUUAUGGGCCGAUAUUGCUCAAGAGGAAAGCCGAGAGGCUGCGUCAGGAGACUGGCAAGGAAAACAUCGUGGCCCCCAUCGAACUGGACGAACAGAGUUGGGGCGAGUUCUGCACGAUCACUCUGACCAGGCCGAUUCGCAUGUUCCUGUUUGAAUGGAUUGUCUUGUUUAGCUGUCUAUAUCUGUCGGUGGCUUACGCCAUUUUCUACAUCUACUUCCAAGCGUAUCCGAUUAUUUUCCAAGGUACUUACGGCUUCAACGCUGGAGAAGAAGGGUUGGCAUUCUUGCCAAUCGGCGUUGGAUCGAUGAUUGCAGGAGGUAUAUACCUAUGGUGGGAACAUUACCUCGCCAAGGCCAAAGCCAGAACUCCUCCUCCAAUAUGGUCGCAGCAAGAAGAGUUUGUGCGACUGCCCGUCGCACUUCUCGGAGCUCCAUUGUUCGCCAUCGCUUUGUUCUGGCUUGGGUGGACUGCGAGGCCAAGUAUGCACUGGAUCGUACCGACAUUGUCCGCGCUUCCCUUCGGAAUCGGCUUCUUACUGAUAUUUAUGGCGUUGAUCAAUUACAUUGUGGAUGCAUACGAAAUCUUUGCGGCAAGUGCCAUGGGCGCUGCGAGUUGUUCGCGAAGCAUAUUUGGAGUGGUGAUCCCUUUCGCAGCACGCCCGAUGUAUAGGAGAUUAGGGAUCGCGUGGUCCUGCACGCUCCUUGGCUUCCUCAGCGUGGUCAUGGGCAUUGUGCCGUUCGUUUUCAUCAAGUAUGGAGCUAAGAUUCGCGCCAAUAGCAAGUGGUGUCAAGAACUCAAACGUCAACAGGCUGAGAAGGAAGAGAAGCAGCGAGAGCUGGAGGAACGUGAUACUGCGACUCAGCAUUUGAAUAGUGAAAGUCCCGAGAUGCGGGUGUAG